AUGUCUAGUUCUCUCAAUUUCAUAAAGGCCAUAGUUGAAGAACUUUGCGAGCGAAAAUCAAACUUACUAAUCGCAGAAAUUGCACUUCAAUUCAUGAUGGAAAAAUUGGCGAUGAAUCCAGACGUUAUUAGUGGCCAGCUUAAAGAAGCUUUAAAUAGAAGAAUCUUGCAGAGGAGAAACGCUACACUGGCAUCCCAUGCGGAAAUAAUAGCCUUAAUUGUAAAAAUCAAUGAGACUUAUUUUUGCAAAGAUAAAGCUGCUACAACUGUCUUUGAAGCUGAAGAUGGCCUGCCUUUAAGAGAAAUACAAAGACAGCAGCGCCUUGAAGAUGAGAGGGAACAGGAGACAGCCAAGACAUUCAAGGAACAGUUAAAGACAAAAGUUAAUGAAUCCUUGCACAAUACUGCUGAGGAAUUGAAGGAUGCUAAUAUGAAAUGUAGUUCUUAUGAACAACAAAUUGAAUGUUUAAAAGCUAAGAGGCAAGUGUUAGAGAUAAGCGAGGAAAAUGAAAGUUAUGAUAUCAGUACCGAGUGCCAAAAUCGACGAUUAAUAUCUACAAUACCAGAGUGUACUGAACCAGCUAUUUCGUCCAACAUCAACAAUAAGGGCUAUAACGCGCGGGCGACCGCGCUGUCGAAGCCCCCGCGAACAAAUUAUGCGGCGGCGGCGGCCAGGAAAGCAGUGGAUACGAAAGUCGGCGAUAACGAUGGUAAUGAUUGGAUAGAAGUCAAAAAUAAAAAUAAAAGGAGGAGUAACCUUAUACAAAGAGGAGGAAGAAAAGAGCAGAAGGAAGAAAUGGGGUGA